AUGCGUUACUAUCAAUAUUUUAAAUGGCAUGGACCUUUUCUUACUCAAUUCGAAUUUGAUAAUAGAAAUGUUCAAGGUAAUGGUACAGACGAUGUCGGUUCGUUUGAUGUUACAGGAAGCUACUCAACGGAUGGCAAUUGUAUGACUUUGCAGAAAAAAUAUAAACGUGGAACUGGCGAUCCUCGUGAAAAUCUUGGACAUGAAGUUAAAAUUGAUUUGAAAUGGAAUGAUCAAACACAACAGUUCGAUGGUCAAUGGAUCGUCAGAACAGCAAAUUACUCUGGUCAAGAUAAAUUCGAAUUGAAAUUAAGACAACACAUAGAAUCAGUGUAA